ACUCUAUUCAAAAAUCAAAUUGAGGAGACAUUGUAUACGUAAGUGGAGGAAAGUCUACGAAGAAACUGAAUCUAUAUAUAUAUAUAUAUAUAUAUAUAUAUAUAUAUAUAUAUAUACAUAAAUAAAGACAGCCUCCACAUCCACACUCCCACUCUCAGAAGCUGGGUUUAAUUUGGGAGUGAAAAACAUUAGCAUCUGUGUUUGGUGGGUUGGGUGCAGGGGAUGGGAAGGAGGCCUUGUUGUUCUAAGGAGGGUUUGAACAGAGGUGCUUGGACUGCUCUUGAAGACCAAACUCUCACAGACUAUGUUAAGCUCCAUGGUGAAGGAAGAUGGAAAAAUCUUCCCAUAAAAGCUGGUUUGAAGAGAUGUGGGAAGAGUUGUCGCCUUCGCUGGUUGAAUUAUCUGAGGCCAGACAUUAAGAGAGGGAACAUAUCACUUGAUGAAGACGACCUCAUUAUUAGGCUUCACAACCUCUUGGGAAACAGAUGGUCUCUGAUAGCUGGGAGGCUACCAGGGCGAACAGACAAUGAAAUAAAGAAUUAUUGGAACUCAACCUUAGGGAAGAAGGUGCAUCAUCAUCAUCACCAUAACGCAGCUUCCACUCGCAAUCUCUCAAAUCGGAACUCUAAUGAGAAGGAGAAGAAGAGAACCGGCACAGCCUUCCCGGUGACACCAGAAAUAGAGUCACAUGUGGUCCGGACCAAGGUAGUGAUGUGCUCUAAGGUUGUCAUUACACCACCACCACCACCACCACCACACCCUCAAAAAAUUGAACAUAUUGACACCAACAUAGGGAUGGCACAACCAGUGGUCGAGGAGGAGGAGGAGACUUCCAUUUUUGAACCAAUAUUUGGAUCGAAUUCGUGUGUGGGGGCUUCAUCGUUUAGUGGUACUCUUGAAGAUCAGGAUCACACUUGGGAUUUCAACAUUGGAGAGGUUUGCUUAUCGGAUCUUCUCAAUUCGGACUUCUCCGGACUCUGUGACUUUAAUUAUAGCAAUGUUGUUAAUACUAAUGAUGUGUCAGUACCUUGUUUGGAGGAUUGGACCUAUUAACAGAGUAUGUUGAACCAAAUGUACCUGCAAAUUACUAUCAGGAUCAUCUGUAUAAAUUAAUUAAAAAGAUUAGAUACUAAGUAUGUUUAUGUUACGUUAAUAUAUGAUGCUUAAAUAAACUCUAGUCAGGUUCAUGGGGUACGUUGGGUUGCCCAUUAAUUAUAUAUUUUUCAGCUUAA